GGUCGUCGUUGACGCGUGCAGCCUCAGCACGUUCGUCGAACCCGCCGACAUCCUGCAGGAGAGGAGGAAAGCAGCAGCGAGCAGGGAAGCCCGCCCGCCAAGCAGCCUCGCAUUAGCACCACCGCGGACGCAAAGCAACAUGGCGUGGCCGUGCAUCACGCGGGCUUGCUGCAUCAACCGCUUCUGGAGCGAGCUGGACAAGGGGGACAUCGCCGUCCCGCUGGUCUUCACCAAAUACUCCGACGUCCAGCAGAAGCAGCCGAGGGGGGCCGCUGCGGAGAGCCAGCCGGAGGCCGCCAAGGCACCGCCCGCUUCCGCCGGCCCAGAUGCCUCCUCCUCCUCCGUCAUGCGGCAAGACUUCAAAGCGUGGAAAGUACGCCCGGAGCCCAGCUGCAAACCCCGGAACGAGUACCAGCCAGCGGCCGGCCCCUUCAACCCGGUGACCCAGUACCAGAAGGACUACAAAGCCUGGCCUAUCCCGAAGAAACACGACCACCCGUGGAUCCCCAAAGCCGACGCCCCCACAACCACCACCGCCGCCGCGGGGAAGGUGGAGCGAGUGGCCGCCGAGAUGGAGAUCGGCGUGGAGAAAAGCGAGAUCGAGGAGAAGCUGCAAGAGAAGGAGGUGAAGGAGCCGGCCGGGAGGGACAAGUCGGUCGAGAGGAAAGACCUUCAAGAGGCGCCCGGCGGCAAAGGCAGGGCGGCCGCCGACGCUCUCAACAGGCACAUUAAGGAGACCAGCACUUCGAGCAGCAGCUACAGAACUGAAUUCAAGGCCUACAAGGACGUGAAACCGGUCAAGGUCAUCAAGGCGGCGUGCCAGUACAAACCUCCGGCCGGGAAGGAGAGCAGCCUGGAAACCAGCUACAGCGCCACAUACAGGGGCGAGCAGGUCAAGGCCCAGCCGGCUGAUAACAAGCUGCUGGAGCGCAGGAGGAUACGCAGCCUGUACAGCGAGCCCGGAAAGGAGCCGCCCAAGACGAACAAAUCGGCGACUCGCAUCCGGCCAAAGAAAGCGACCACGGGGAAGUCUGUGAAGAAGGCCAAGGAGAGCAAGGAGAAGAAGCUUCUGGCCGCUUCGGCCAAGAAGAAAGACGAUGCGGCGGCGGCAGAGGCGGAGGCGGGCAUCACCAAGAAGAACAAAGAGAUCAGCAAUAGACUGGCCGAGGCUAAACAGUAACAGCCGCAUCGUCUUCGGGCCUAUUCGCAACAUGCUCCACUGCCUUUUCUCUCAUUUAGCUCAUGUAUGUGAAUGUGUGUGCGUGCACAAAAGAGAGCAAACGUGUGUGUCCUCAAAGCUGAUUUAUUGUCACACCUUGUUGAUUCGACACCAUUUCACUUGAUAAGACUUUUUACAAAUGCAUUGCACAUUUUGCAGCCAAAUCACUCCGCAACAUUCCUAACAUAUCAUUCCAUAAUUUUAAUCAUUCCAUUUCAUUUAUGAUUUAAUAUCAUGCCACGUUAAUCCAUUUUUUUUCUCAGCUAUCCAGCAUUCGCACCUUUUUUUUUUUUUUUUUACCAGAAAUUGCAUUUUCUAUUGUUAUCCAAUACAACUUUAUUCAUAGCACGCUUUCACAAUGAUUAGCUAAGCACCUAAUUUGCACGUUGGUCCCGAAGAGCCAUGCUUAUGUGUUCUGUACAUGUACAAAAGGGCGGCUUUACACCGGAACACAUCCAAGGAUUGUAAAAAGUCAUUUUGCGAGGGGAUGAAAGUGUCGUUAUUGUGCCUCGACUGCCUCCCCGUCUGCGGCCGAUCUCCAGUUUCAUUCGUUUUGUUGCUAAGAAACCAAAUCAAUUGGAGUAGAAUUCCCUGCAGCUUGCAUGCAAGGCCCCUUUUUUGCCCCCCCCCCCCCCCCCCCCGAUAUACAGUACGCAUUCUCGCUUGUACAUUGAGCCGUUUAGGGUCCAUAUAUGCUGUGCUUCUUGAAAUGAUAUAUGCAUGUCUCGUAGUAACAAAAAGACGAUAAGUCUAGUAGUGGCUGUACAAGCUCUAAAGUAAAUACACACCAGCAAGGUGGUUCCUAAUGCACCCUUAGUCUUACACUAAUACGAAAUUGUACUUUGUAAAGUAAAUUGUUGUCUUUUGCUUUCAAUGCAUGAUGUAAAGAAACAAAACCCUUGAGGCCAAUAAUUGACAUUUUGAGUAGGAGUCUUAAAGCCACACUGGAGAGCAAAAAAAAGAGUGAUGAGAAAAUAGUCACAAAAAUACAGAGGAAAAAAAUGUAACAUUGGAAGAUAGUUUUAACGUUGGGAAAAAAAAAUCAUGAUUUUUAUAUUGUAAGCGCUUUAUAUUGAGAGAAAAUAAACUAUCAUUUUAGAAAUGAGUAGUGUUAUGACCCAAAAACGUCGAGUGAAAAAUGUAAUUUUGCAAAAAAACGAGUAAAAUUAUUCAUCGAUGACUUUUUUUCUCGUAAUAUUACAACUUUAUUGUCAUAUUUGUACUAUUUUGCUUUCCAGUGUGCCGCUAAAACUCCUUCGUUGUCUGCACAUGUGCGUGAGUGUGUGUGUGUGUAAAUGUGUGCGUGUCCAUAUCACAAAGACAACAAAGUGCCAGACAGACUCAGACUCCCUGGUGCCAAGGCCCCCAUGUUUUUUUUUUGUUGUUGUUUUUUUUUUUUAUCCAUUUUAUUCUGAGCAUUUUCUCAUCACUGAUGAAAAACUAUAAAGGGACAAAAAGACAAACAGAUGCAGACGAUGACGUGUGUUCUGAUCUUUGUGUGUGUGUGCGCGUAUGUGUGCUUCUUAGCUUGUUCCAAAUGAACUCGAAUUAAAGACAAAAAGUGAAUGUCAA